GCUGCUGUAGUUUGCUGAGAGAAAAUAAACAUGUCACCCAGUGGUGUCAUAAAGUGAAGCUAGCUUUGAAGCGUUGUUGAUACAGAACAAUUAACAAAGAUGGAACAGUUGCUGCGUUUCGUUUCGUUUUGUUUAAUUCUUUAAGUUUAAUUGAAUAACCCACGAGAAAUUGAGUUACACUGCAAACGUUUUAAAGGGCAAUGAUUGCAACCUUGCUAGUGUACUUAGGUGUACUCUUUAGCUAGCUAAGUCACUUUUUAGGAGAGAACUACUCGAUUCCGUACCUUCACAGACGGAUAUUUUUAAACCCUUUUGUCACAAAAAAUGACAAAAGUACAUUUUGGUGCAUUUUUCUAUUUAAAAAAAUCACUACUUCUGCGACGUUUUAUUUUAAAAACGCUUAUUUUGAGCGUCCACACCGGAAGCCAAUGUGCAUGUGCGCGAAGGUAGCUUUAUGCUAGCUCCCCCCCUCCUCCGCAGUGCACUGACAAGCGGAGAAGUGGAGCUACUACACCGGAGGGGAGCCACCGUGGCUCGACUGUCUCGCCGGUUGCUGCUGCGACAUAACUGCUCUAUUGGCACGUCAUUUUGGAAUAACAACUGUAGCGGCUAAGCUUGUUGUUGUUUUUUUCUUUUUUUCCCGAAGGACCAGACGAAAACACUUGGGAUGGCGAGCCCGGUUGCGGAAAUCGGACAGUCUCAUCAGCAUCACCCAGCGACAGCGUCCGCUUUCCAGGAGGCUCAGAAAUGGAUCGAGGCUGUGACGGGAAGAUGCUUUGGUGACAAGAAUUUCAGAGGUGGUUUGGAGAAUGGAAUCCUGCUAUGCGAGUUAUUGAGCUCCAUUAAACCCGGCUCGGUGAAGAAAAUCAACAGACUUCCGACACCCAUCGCUGGCCUGGACAACCUUAGUGUGUUUCUGCGUGGAUGUGAGGAGUUGGGACUGAAGGGUUCCCAGCUAUUCGACCCCGGAGACCUCCAGGAUACCUCCAUACGGCCCACUGCCAAGGGGGGCGACUGCAGCCGAAAGCUCAAGAAUGUUCUAAUCACCAUUUACUGGCUGGGUCGGGCUGCCAACGGCUGCACCUCCUACAACGGGCCCACGUUGGACCUGAGGGAGUUUGAAGGCCUGCUGUCACAGAUGCGAAAGGAGGCGGAGGUGGCAGAGAGCCCCCAACGCAGCAUCCGGGACAGCGGCUACAUCGACUGCUGGGACUCCGAACGCAGCGACUCUCUUUCCCCGCCACGCCACGGCCGCGAGGACUCCUUUGACAGCCUGGACUCCUUCGGCUCACGCUCGCAACAAACCCCGUCGCCGGACGUCCUGGUGGCCCGCGGCAGCAGCGAUGGCCGCGGCAGCGACUCCGAGUCGGACGGCCCACCCCACAGGAAGACCCCCGACAUCCACAAGGAUGACAUGCUGGCCCGGCGGACCUCCGUGAGCGAGCUGCGGACCGCCAUGCCCUUCAACCAGUACCUGCCCAACAAGUGCAACCAGAGCGGGUAUGUGCCGCUGCCUCUGCGGAAGAAGAAGAGCGACAUGGAGGAGGGCGAUCGCAAGAGCUGGAGUACGGCCACCUCGCCAGUAGGAGGAGAAAGGCCUCUGCGGAGUGUGAGUAUGAUUGACAUGCGUGCCGAGGAGGACGCCGUCCUGCAGCCGCACAGUCAAGCGCGCCACGAGCUGAUGCAUAAUCAGUACAACAGGAUGAAGGAAGAGGACAGUCACUGGCAAGACGACCUGGCCCGCUGGAAAAGUCGGAGGCGGAGCAUCUCCCAGGACCUGAUCAAAAAGGAGGAGGAGAGGAAGCUGAUGGAGCAGCUCAUGUCCGGAGACACCUGCAUCUCCCACAGGAGGAGAAGCAUCAAGACCUACAGAGAGAUUGUAGAAGACAAGGAACGUCGUGAGGAGGAGCUGCGGGCAGCUUACAGGAGAGCCAGAACCCCGGAGGAGGCGUCCUUCAUCCUCCAGCGCUACGCCCAGCGCUUCUCCAUCAGCGAGGCCGUGCUGGAGCGCCUUCAACUGCCCAAGCUCCUGGACCGCAGCAUCUCGGCUGACCCGUCCAUCGCUUGCUUACCCAUCUCCCUCUCGCCGUCACCGACCACCCCCUCGGACACGGACCCCAACGGCCCUAUGAAGUAUCUGAGGCAGCAGUCCGCCCCGGCCCCUAGGUUCAUGUCUAUGCUGGAGGCACGGGUCGACGAGUUCCCCAGAGACACGCCCCACCGGCCGCAGAUCCGCGCACGCUCAUCUGAGCCACCGUCCAAUCGGGCGCUGCCGCCCAAGCCAGUGCCUUUGCUGAGCCCCAAGCCUUACUUCCAGUCCUGGCCCUCCACGCCGGAACCCUGGUCCAGCAAGCCUGAUGGUUUGCUCCGGGUCAACGGCAACACGGAAGGGGAUCCCGAUGCUCCCAUCACGCCCGAGAGCCCGGGAAGGGAAUCCUCUCCGGUCUUCCUACCGUCCUCCCUGAAAACAGACAAGCCCAAGACCUGCGAUGCUCCCUCGCCCGCCCACGGCAGCAGCAGCGCCUCCACUGGGAGCCCAGCGUCCACACAUGCCUGUGCCAAGUCGUCGUCCGACGCUGACGUCUCUCUUCGGGACGUCCAGUAUGACAAGGUCACUCGGCACUCGAGGCCGCCGAGCCGACCCACUUCACUGCCAGCGGAAUUGCAGAAGCCAGAGGGAAGCUUUGGGAAAAGUGGAAGCCAGUCAGCAGCUGCCCCAGUGGAGGAAAAGUGGGAGGAAGAACGCCAUCAAACACCUGCAGAGGCCAAACAGGAAGUGGUGCCAUCGUGUCAAAGCAUCUCUAUCGGGGACCAAUCGGGUUUUGGCACGCAGUCAACAACCUCACAGACGAGCAUGCACAGUCACCUGGAGAGGAGCCACCUGAAGAAAGAGGAAGUAGCAUCUUUAUCUGCUGCGAGUACAACAGCAGGCUUUACAAACACUCUCCAGUCUCCUUUGACAAGCAGCAACCCAAAUUUACGCUGGGAGUUCUUUGCAGAAAAGGGGGAGAAGGACCUCAGCAGCAACGUGUCAAUCCCGGUGUCACCUCAGGCCCGGCGGGCUGACCGCUGGUCCUGGGACCCGGACGAGGAGCGUAAGCGUCAGGAAAGGUGGCAGCAAGAGCAGGAGCGUAUGCUGCAGGAGAAGUACCAGCGGGAGCAGGCGAAGCUGAAGGAGGAGUGGGAGAAAGCUCAAAGGGAGGUGGCGGAGGAGGAAAGGAGGUACCACGAGGAGGAGCGUCGGAUACUGGAAGAAACGGUCGCUCCUCUGACUCCGUCGCCCGGCCGCACCGAGCUCUCGCCAGACUCCGAGGAACCCCAGGACACCAUCGUGCGUUCCCUGGCAGACUGGGAACGCAAGCAGGAGCGACUGCAUUCGAAGGGAAGCGCAGAGAGCGGCGAGUGGCGGCGACGGGAGAACGACAGGACGAGUGACAUCAGCACCGCCGAUGACAGUUUCAAGACGGGCAGAAGCUCAGAGAGUCACAGCAGCUGUCUACAAAAUGGUCAGAAAGUUCCCCAAAUACCCAAAAGCUCGGCGGUAGACACCAACAGGCCUGCAGGAGAACGCAGGAGUGUCCCCACUGGUAAUAACGUGGGUCACGGCUCAUCAAAGUCCCCGGCCGCAUGUCCCCCGCCUGGCGACACCAUGCCUCCAUCCAACAGGUCCGUCAGCGGGAAGAAGCUGUGCUCCAGCUGUAGUCAGCCUUUAGGGAAGGGGGCGGCCAUGAUCAUCGAGACGCUUAGCCUCUACUUCCACAUUGACUGCUUUAAGUGUGGUGUGUGUAAGGGACAAUUAGGAGACACGUCCACGGGCACGGACGUCCGGAUCAGAAACGGCCUCCUCAACUGCCACCAUUGCUACAUCCGCUCCCGCUCGGCUGGACAGCCCACCACCUUGUGACGCCUCCACCGCCUCCAAGCCGGCCCUGCCCCCCUCCUCCAAGCCGGGAUUUGAAGCCCGAUGUCCUGCAAAGCCCCGUCCUCCGCCUCAUCACGUAUCCAUACAUUUCUUUGUGUGUCGCUCACACACAGUCCACAUUCAUAAGAAUAAUAUUCAUGUUUUUACCAAGCACAAUCUUAUUUCCCGUAGACAGGAAGUGCACCGCAUCACGGCUUUAUUUGAUUUUACAUACACCCUUGAAAUGACAUCAAAUUCACGGAUAUGAUUAUGCAAAUGACCCAUUGCAAAGUGCAAUACUAUGAAUGUCACACAUCAGAUUGUACACGUCCUGCAUAGGCCGGCGUUCUCUUCUUAACAUGUACGUUAUUCCCUAAUCCCAUUGUUGACAAAAAUGCCUUUCAAUGUGGGAAGAAGGGAAUAGUAUGCACAUUCUCCGCUGACUUGGAAUGUGGAGUCAUGAGGGCAAUAAGUGGACAGGCGAGUUUUUGGGAAAACUGUAAUGUGCCUUAGGAACCAAACGGACGACGACGACGCGGGAAUGAAACGUUGCGUUAUUUCACGUUGUUGCACGGAGGAAAGGGAGCAAAAGUGUCCCGUCAUGCCUCAGUGAUUUGCAGUGAUUGAUUUGUGGUAUAAUAUUCACUCCACCAUAUUUUAUGAUCAUAUUCCAUCUCUAUGUUCUUUCCUAUAUGAGGGCUCAUUGAUCGAUAUUAGCAGAGAUCAUAUAUCAAACGUGUACCAGCAGCAGUUGUGCAACAUUUCUAACGAGUUCCUUCAUUUUUUUUUUUUUAGGCCAGAGUGUUGUGGACGUGUACACAAAUCAAACCAAAAAAAAAUAAAAAAAAUAAAAAAAAAAAGCAAUAGCCCUUCAUGGUCCCAAUAGAGCCAAGCUUUCCUCUUCCGGUGUUCCUCUGCUUCUCCUCUUUUUUUUUUUUUUUUGGAGGCUGCUUCUUAGCUGCAGACUCAACCGUGGACCUGUGAGGCGGCCUCGGCGUCUCAUGUGCAAUUUUAUUGCAAUACUCACCUGAACUAUACGACAUGUAGAUGUAUUUUAUUCAUUUCACGUGGCAGUGCAUUUAAAACAGGACUGGAUGUUUAUAAAUAAAACAUU